AUGAACUUUUUGCUUGCGCUGUUUCUUUUAAAUGCUGUGCUCAUAGACAAUUGCUUAUCCGCGAUUAUUGACAGAAAUAGCGAUUAUCUGUCAGGUUUGCAAAUGAUUAUUGGUGGUCUUAACAAGAAUGACAGGGAUUUCUCAGAAAUAAUUGAUAAAAUUCCUGAUCUGAAUGAAGUUUUCAAAAGACUGAAUGGUACCACCCUUUCCAAAGUUCUUGCCAAGGUCAAAAAUCCUGAUAGCCUUUUUUACCUCCUUCAAAAUCAAGUCCUACUUACUGUCAUGCAGAAUAUUCCUCCAGAGACGUAUAAGAGGAUUGAACCACGCCUGAACACGACAAAAUUGAGACUGCAGGCCAUGUGGAAAUAUAGAGAACCACAUGAUCCGGGCCCGGUGCCACGUUCAGCUCAAGAAUUAAUUCUGCUCAAAAUGCCAAAUAUUCCUUUCGCGCAUGUGGACGCUCUAGAUGGAAUUAAUGCCAGUGCCCUACAUUAUAUUAUCACUAAUCAUUAUGCCCUUCCAACUUUACUUGUUCUUAUGCAGCCUAAAACAUUGGAGUACGUUUUUAAACAUGCUCCCUACGUGAUUAACUACAUCGUGAGAAUGAGUUCUCAAGAGCAAUUUGAUAUUAUGUCAAGGUUGCCCGAUGCUUGUGGGUACCUUCGAAGUGCUCAUUCUGAUCAGUCCGAGAGAAUAGUCAACAAUCUCACAUCUUUCGGAAUGUGUACUUCUGAAUCAGCAACAAAACCACCUAACUCAAUUAUUGACAACAAAUUUACGAUGCAAUAA